ACCUGGGCUGCUCAUAUAAUCGGACAGGGAAGCCCAGGGACUGCGUGUGACAACGGGCACAGGCAGCAGCUGGCGGAAGAGGGCAGAGCAGGUGCCAGGAUGAGUGGAAGGGUCGGUGAUCUGAGUCCUAAGCAGGAGGAGGCCUUGGACAAGUUUCGUGAGAAUGUAAAAGACCUUUUGCCCCAGCUCCCUUCAUUCAGCCAGGAUGACCACUUUCUGCUGAGGUGGCUUCGAGCCCGAUGCUUUAACCUGCAGAAAUCAGAAAGUAUGCUUCGAAAGCAUGUGGAGUUUCGGAAGCACAUGGAUUCUGACAAUGUGCUGGAGAAGUGGCAGCCUCCAGAAGUAGUCCAAAAGUAUUUGUCAGGAGGGCUGUGUGGUUAUGACCAGGAAGGCAGCCCUAUCUGGUAUGAUGUUGUCGGGCCCUUGGACCCAAAGGGUUUGCUGUUCUCUGCUUCCAGGCAGGACCUCAUGAAGACCAAAAUGAGAGACUGUGAAAGAAUGCAUCUGGAAUGCCUUAAACAGGGUGAAAAGCUGGGCAGAAGGGUUGAAGAGGUGGUGAUGAUCUAUGAUGUUGAAGGUUUGGGACUAAAGCAUCUGUGGAAACCAGCUGUAGAUUUAUAUUGUGAGGUUUUACAAAUGUUUGAAGACAAUUAUCCUGAAGCUUUAAAGAGGCUGUUUGUGAUUAAAGCUCCCAAGCUUUUCCCAGUGGCAUAUAACCUUGUCAAACAUUUCUUGAGUGAAGACACAAGGAGGAAGAUCAUUGUGGUAGGAGACAACUGGAAAGAGGUUCUUCAGAAAUACAUUCCAGCAGAUCAACUCCCCAAAUACUAUGGAGGAACCCUUACAGACCCAGAUGGUGAUCCAAAAUGUAAAUCCAAGAUAAAUUAUGGAGGAGACAUCCCUAAAUCAUACUAUUUGCGAGACCAAGUGCAGCAGAAUUAUGAGCAAAGUGCAACUAUCAACAGGGGCUCCAGCCAUCAAACGGAGUACGAGAUUCUGUUCCCAGGAUGUGUACUAAGGUGGCAGUUCCAGUCGGAUGGCGGUGACAUUGGAUUUGGAGUUUACAGGAAGACAAAGGCAGGAGAGCGACAAAAAGCAGGAGACAUGAUUGAGGUGCUGCCAAGUGAAAGAUACAAUUCCCACAUGGUACCAGAAGAUGGCACCUUGACAUGCACUGAUCCGGGCGCAUAUGUGCUUCGCUUUGAUAAUACGUACAGCUACAUACAUGCCAAGAAAGUCAGUUUCACUGUAGAAGUCCUGCUGCCGGACCGAGGCUCCGAAGAGAAGAUCCAGAAACUAGAGGAAAAGUUGGAGACCAGUUGCAGCCUCUAAAAUAUACUGUGCAUACGGAAAGUCUUCAGACCCUUUCACUUUUUUUUAUUUUGUUAUGUUGCGGCCUUGUUUUUCGCAAUCAUUCUGCACUCAAUACCCCAUAAUGCUAAUUUAUUGAAAAGGAAAAACUAAUAAGUAUUCAGACCCUUUAUUGAAUUAGAUGAAGCACCUUUGGCAGCAGCUACAAUCUCCAAUCUUCUUGGGUACGAUGGUACAUGGUUUGAACACCUGGAUUUGGGGAUUUUCUGCUCUGCAGAUCCUCUCACGCUCUGUCAGAUUGGAUAGGGACCGUCUGUGGACAGCCAUUUUUAGGUCUCUCCAGAGAUGUUCGAUUGGGUUCAAGUCAGGGCUCUGGUUGGGCCCCUCAAGGACUUUCACAGAGUUGUCCCUAAGCCUCUCCUGUGUUGUCUUGGCUAUGUCCUUAGCGUCAUUGUCUUGUUAGAAGCUUAAUCUUCAGCCCAGUCUGAGGUCCAGAGCACUCUGGAUCAGAUUUUCCUAAAAAAUAUCUAUGUACUUUGUUCCAUUCAGCUUCUUCUCAGUUCUGACCAGUCGCCCUGUCCCAGCUGCUGAAAAACACCCCCACAGCAUGAUGCUGCUACCACUAUGCUUCACUGUAGGGAUGGUAUUGGGCAGUGUCUGGUUUCCGCCAAAGAUGACACUUAGAAUUGGUUUUAUCAGACCGCAGAAUGUGCUCUUAGGAAUUUUCAGUGCAGCAGAAAGUUUUGCAACCUUCUCCAGAUUACAUAAUCCUGUCUUAGGGCUCUACAGGCAGUUCUUUCCCCCCUCAGGUCUUGGAUAUUGCUCUGAUAUGCAUAGUCAGCUGUCAGACCUUAUAUUAGACAGGGCUGUGUCUUUCCAAAUUUUGUCCAAUCAACUGCAUUUACCACAGCUGGACUGCAAUCAAGGAGUAGAAACAUCUCAAAGAUAAUCAAGAGAAAUGGGAGGCCCCCAGAGCUAAAUUUCAUGUGUCAUAGCAAAGAAUCUGACUAAAAUUUCUAACAUUGUUUUCACUUUCUCAUUAAGGGGG